AUUACGAUAGUUGAUUUACCCUCGCAAUUUAUUGUCUGUUGUCUUUUUCGACAACACUUACUAACUGGAUAUUCGUGGAAUAAGUUAAUUGUCCACUCAGAUACAACUUUUCCCCUCUACUACGUCUCAUUGAAAUAGUUGCAGGAAUAUAAACUACUUAUUAUUCUAUUUAUACCCAGUCAAAAGGUAUACAUUACUGAACAAAAUCAUUCAGGUAUUUAACCUAUUUUGUGCGGACGCCAUCAAUAUCUGACAAUGGGGUUGUUGGACGGUUUAUCAAAAUUUGCUCUUGUAUCAGCAAUUUUGACUGCUAUUGGAUUUAUUGUACAUUUGAUCGGUUACGGCGCACCGUACUGGGUUAAGGAAGGAAAUGGUCAUUCUGGAAUUUGGAAAUCAUGUUAUGGCAGCAUUUGUUCUGACUUUGUUGGUAGUGGAUAUAAUCCAGAAUGGUUAGAGGCAGUGGAAGCCUUCGAAACACUUGCCUUUCUUGCAAUACUUGGUGCACUCAUCGUUAUGGGACUAAAAUUAACAGUCAUGAAAGAGCAGAAGAUAUUUUCCAUUUUCAUCUGUUUGCUGCAGUUUGCGUCAGUCGGGGGUAUCCUUCUUGGUGUGAUUAUAUAUGGUGCUAAAUUUCCAUCAUCUAGCUAUGGAUUCGCGUUUGUUUUUGAGAUAUUAGCUUCGAUCAUUAUUCUUGUCGCUGGAGUCUUCAGUUUUUUGGAUUGGAGAGGUGCUUCUCAACCUGCAGUAUAAACAGUAGUGCAAGCAAAUCAAGCAUUUUAAAUUGCAUUUUAUAAUAUUGCUACUGAACAUCUAUGUAUAUUGUUAUUUAGCUUCCGAGUACUUGUAUAGUGUUAUAAAAUUUAUAGGUUUUAGAUAUGUUUAGUAUAUGUAUAUGAUAGAAAUAUUCAUCCACUAACCAUGACUGUUUUACUUAAUAUUUCAACAAUUAUUUCGUUUAAAAUGCACAGUGAACAAUAGGAUUGUUUUCAACAUAACUUAUCCGUUGGUCGAGGCUGCAGUCCUGCAAGAGAGUUGUUUUUCCUUAUUUUAUCAUUGAAGAGAACUGGAACAUUAGCAUAUUUUGAAAAAUGUAUUUUUGUUAUUGGCUGUGAAUUUAAAUGGAAGACCCACGAAAGCCCAUAAAAGAAAGAAUUUUGAUUAUCCUUCAUGUCGGUUAAAUCACUGUUCUAAGAAUUGAUGUAGCGAAACUUUUAUAUUUAUGUAAUACGUACAUUGUAAAAGACUAACAACUUUAAAAUCAGUUAAUCAUAUUAUCAUUACUAUGUUCAUAAACAUUUAUGAAACAUGA